UGCCAGGCUGUGUCCGAGGAGCGCUCGGUUCGCUCCACCUCGCCGUCCCUGCUGAUGGCUACCGUGGGUCAGAGAGUCCUCAGCUGGCUGGACGAGGGCUCAGGAUGCACCAGCCCCGAGCGGGUCGUUGCCCUCUGGACCGAGGAGGGCAUCAGGAACAGCCGGGACAUCCUGCAGGCUCUGGACUUCCCUCUGGAGGAGCGGCUUAGUCUGGCAGACCUGACUCUGGCCCUGGACAACGAGCUGCUGGUCAGCGGGAACGGCAUCCACCAGGCGGCGCUCAUGUCCUACAAGAGCGAGAUCCAGCACCUGCAGGUGGUGGCGGAGCAGGCCUAGGAGCGGGACAAGGUGAAGGUAGACCUGGACCAGGCUGAUCACAGGAACCUGCAGCUGGUCAGAGAGGUGGACGACCGCCACGCCAGCAUGGAGACCCUCAACCAGAGCCGGAUCAGGGACCUGGAGCAGGGCUUCCGUGAUAGGCUGGCGUCUCUGCGCAGUCAGUCGGAGCAGGAGAGCGAGGCGCUGCUGCAUCAGGCGGAGAGCGAGCGCCGCGCGCUGCAGGACGAGCUGCAGCUGCUCCGGGCGCAGGAGGCGGAGCUACAGGAGGAGCUUUGCAGCGCCGCACAGGAGAGCCGGCGUCUGGAGGAGGAGCUGAGGGCCGUGAAGCUGAAGCUGACCGACGCAGAGAGAUCGGUGAACAGGCUGCAGAGAGACCUGGACCAGCUGCUGCACCACAAGUUUGGCGGCUUGGACCCGGCGGGCGGCGCUCUGAGUCACGAGGAGCGCUUCUCCGACAUCAUCAGAGAGUACGAGCUGCAGCUGCGGGAGCUGCGGGACAGAAACGAUGAGCUGAGCUCAGAGCUGGAGGCGCUGCAGAGUCAGAGGACCGACAGGAAGUCCAGACGACCUGCAGGGAGCGACACCGACGCCGCUCUGAGCUGGACCCAACAACGGCCCGUCAGCACCGAGUCCGACUCUGACGACUCGGACAUGAAGCGCAGCUCGCCUCCUCUGGUCAGGAAGAAACUGCAGCCGGAAAAUAAAACGGCUCUGAGCUCUCUGGACGGGGCCCCGGGCCCCGCGGUCAGCAUUCAGACGGAGCUGGCUCUGGAGCAGCUGAAGCAGAAGCAGAGCCAGGAGCUACAGCAGCUGCGCAUCCAGCUGGAGACGCAGGUGAACUACUACGAGCGCAGCCUGGACCUGAUGAGGCAGAGCAUGGAGGUGGAGCGCAAAGACAUCUCCCAGGCCUUCAAGGUGGAGAUCAGCGAGCUGGAGGAGCAGAAGGCUCAGGCGGAGCAGCAGGUGCAGCAGCUGAAGGAGACUGUGGACAAACUGCAGCGCCAACAGGGGGGAGGAGCCGGAGGAGCAGGAGGGCGGAGCCACGAGCAGGAGCGCAGAAUGCAGCGGGAGCGCGCGGAGCUGGAGCAGAACUUUGCCCGAGAGAUCAGCAACCUGGUCCAGAGACUGAGCGCCGAGAAGGACCAGCUGGAGGCGGAGCUGAAGCUGAAGCUGGACCAGGAAGUGCUGCUGGUCAGGGAGGAGGCCGAGCAGCAGCGCUCUCAGAUGGAGCUGCAGCACGCCGAAGGCCAGCGCCGCAUCCUGCACCAGCUCCACCGGGAGCGCCGGCGGCUGCAGGAGCAGAGAGCAUUCUGGGAGGACCGGCUGGUCCAGGCGGAGCAAGUGAAGCUGCGGUGUGAAGAGCAGGCCAGGAUCUGCAGCCAGGUCUCCUCAGAGAGGACGAGGACGGAGGAGGAGGUGUCCACUCUGCAUCUGCGGGUCAGCCAAUCAGAGGCCGGCUUAAAGGAGCUGAGGGAGCGCUGCGCUCAGCUGGAGGACGACCUCGCGGCGUCUCGCGGGCGCUGCGCUCAGCUGGAGGACGACCUCGCGGCGUCUCGCGGCCGCAGCGCUCAGCUGGAGGACGACCUCGCGGCGUCUCGCGGGCGCUGCGCUCAGCUGGAGGACGACCUCGACCUCGCGGCGUCUCGCGGGCGCUGCGCUCAGCUGGAGGACGACCUCGCGGCGUCUCGCGGGCGCUGCGCUCAGCUGGAGGAGAGCGUCGCCUUCCUGGAGUCUCAGGAGGUUUUAAAUAAACGCCUGGUGGAGGAGAAGAGCUCUGCUGAGGAGGAGCUGCAGCUGCUGAAGACCCAGGAGGAGCAGCUCCUGGUCCAGGUGGCCCGGCUGAAGGAGGAGGUGGGAAACCUUCAGGCUGCGUCCGACGGGCUUCUGCAGGACCGGGACGAGGCGGCGGACAGCUGCGGCCGCCUCUCCAGCGCCUUCCUCCAGCAGGAGGUGCAGCUCAGAGCCAGGGAGCAGGAGCUGGAGGGUCUGCGGGAGGCCACCCGGAUCAAGGCUGAGGGUCUCUGCAGACAGACUGCUGAGCUGGACUCGCUGAAGACGGACCGCCACAGGCUGAUCCAGGACCUGAAGGACCAGGCCAUGGCUGUGGACAACCUGCAGCUGGAGCUGGACGGCGUCUCCGAGGAGUUGGACAGGAGGAGGGGCGCCGAGGAGAGUCUGCAGGAGGCUCUGAAGCAGGAGCAGACCAGGACCUCGCAGCUCCGGUCCAGGCUGGACGAGGAGAGGGAGGAGGUCUGUCGUCUGAGCCAGGAGAACGGGAGCUACACCCGGCUGGCCGACCAGCUCUCCACCCAGAUUGUAGAGAUGGAGGAGGAGAUCUCCACGCUCAGAGACCACCUCAGAGAGCUCAGCUCCCAGCUCAACGGGACCGCAGACCUGGUCCUGGAUCUCAGGAGGCAGCUAAACUCCAAAACCAGCGAAGUGGAUCGGCUGCGGGCCGAGGUGGCGGAAGCCAAGGCCUCGUCUGAAAAGCAUCGCAGCGACGCUGAGCAGCUGGACCGGGCCAGAGAGCAGGUCCUCCAGCUGCAGCAGGUCCUGCAGGACUCCCAGAACCAGCUGAGGACGGCUGAGGAGGACUUCCACCAGGAGAAGAGGAAGAUGAUGCAGCAGCUGAUGGAGCUGGAGAAGCUGGUCCUGGCCCUGGAGGAGGAGAUGGACCCGGCCAGCCCACACAGGACUCAGCUGGAGGAGGUCCGGUCAGAGAACGGGGCUCUGCUGGAGCGGGUGAGCCUGCUGCAGCAGGAAGUCCAGAACCUGGAGGACGACGUGGCCAAGAAGAGGAGGAGCCUGGAGGAGAUGGAGAGGGACCACGAGAGGAGCAGGGAGGAGGAGGAGCGGCUGCACAGGGAGAACUCCAGGUACCGGGAGGAGGUUCUGGACCUGAGCAGCAGAAACCUGCAGCUCAGCAACGACAACGCAGAGCUGAGCGCCCGUCCGGGAGACCAGGAGGCGGUCCGGAUGCUGCAGGAGCGCCUGGCGAUGGUCUCCAAGGAGCAGGAGGAGGCGGGAGCAUCGGUGCGGCGGCUGCAGGACGCGGCGCUGCAGCAGAGGGAGACGCUGCAGCAGCAGCAGCCUGGACGCAGGAGAGACAGCUGCUGCAGAGCGAGCGGCUCCUACAAAGACAAGCUUGGCGGCCUGUCGGCGCUGGAGGCGGAGCUCAGCAGCGUGACUCUGAAGCUGCGGUGGUUGGAGGACGACAAGGCCAAGCUGCUGCGAGACGCAGACGACAGAAACAAGAAGGUGGAGAAGCUGCAGCAGGCGGCGCUCUCCCUGGAGUCGGAGGCCGGCCUGCUUCGCUCUCAGCCAGCGCCGUCGGCCAGGGAGAAACUGGGCCACGUCCAGGAAGUGAGCGAGCUGCAGAGGAAGCUGCAGGACGCUCAGCGCAAGGUGGAGGAGCUGGAGACCAGCGUCAGGAAGCUGAUGAGGGAGAAGGAGGAGCUCCGUCAGGUUCUGGAGGAGCAGGAUGAGCAGGCCUCCAUCACUCUGCAGGAGGAGACCCAAAAACUGAGAGUCCAGAACCAGGAGCUCCAACACAAGCUGUCGGAGCUACAGGUCCAGGGUCAGGAGGUCCAGAAGCUGACCCAGGAGCAGCAGAACCUGAAGACCAAACUGAGCGAGCUGGAGACGGCCCGGACGCAGGCUCAGGACCAGGUGGCACGGGCCGACACGGCGCUCGGCCUGGUCCAGGCUCAGCACGUGAGGCGGCUGCAGGAGGCGCAGGAGCGAGCGGCCGGCCUCAGGGACCAGGUGCAGCUGCUGCAGGUUCGGCUGCAGGAGGAGCAGAGCAGGAGUCGGCAGCUGGAGGAGGCGCUGAGGCUGCAGGCCCGCAGGGCAGCACCCAGAUCCACGUCAAGCAGGUACCCACGGUCAGAGGGGUACUCCACUACCCACGAGUAUCACAGUACUUCUAGGAGUACCGCAGGGUCCCACAGAGUACUACAGGUCCCACAGAGUACUACAGUACUUCUAGGAGCACCGCGGGUCCACAGAGUAUACAGUACUUCUAGGAGCACCGCAGGGUCCCACAGAGUACUACAGUACUUCUAGGAGUACCGCAGUGUC